AUGUGGAGUGCAAUAUCAAAAAUAUUUACCAAAAACUUUAGUACCAAUAACGUGCAAAGUGACGAAAAUAUAUCAGAUGAAAUGGACAGAGGGACAAAAAGAAAAACAGACAUGGAUAUCACAUUUGUUACAAGGCUGGCAAAACAAAAAGCAUCGAUUAAAUGGCUCCUUUCCAAAGCAUUUAACAACAAAAUACCUGAAAAUUUGAAAGAACCUUUUUACCGGGAUCAUGAGAAUCAAGAACAUUUGAAACCACAAAUAGUCGGGGGUCUGGCAAAUGCCGAAAUAUACUGCUUGGCCCUCGGCAAUAUCUAUUCAGAUCCUAAUUAUCAUAAUCUGAAUCAUUGGGCAAUUCUACAAACUUUAAGCAGAAAGAGUGUUUAUAACAACGAGGAUGCGCAGCUUACAGAGACAACGUUAAUUCAAACUAAUCCACUUCGUAUGUCUGCACACAUGGCUGUUAUAGAAAUGAUAAUGAAUUUAUACACAAAGGAAGUUGUGUCGGCAGAUAGGGUUCUUUCUGCAAUAUAUAGAUUUAAGCAUGGGAAAGGUCCAGCGCCGAAUAUACCAGAUAAUGUAGUGGAUCAGCUCUUACAAUGGGUAACACAUGCUUGUGAUGCGAUGCGAAUGAGGAUAGAAGAAGAAAUAGGUGAAGAACAAAAUGGAGGAGACGGUGACCGCUUGAAAGUACCAGAGUUUUCGCCAUUGAGAGAUUUGAAAGACUUGUGCGACGGUGUGGCUUUAGCAGCGCUUAUUUCAUAUUAUUGUCCUGACGAGUUAUCGUGGACUGAUAUUAGGAUAUCUCGCGUUCCAUCCGUUCAGGACAGUAUAUACAAUCUUCAAUUACUACAAGAUUUCUGCAGUAGAUGUUUGCCUUCUUCCAUCUUCCAUUUAAUGCCGGAAGAUAUAACGUAUAUGCGAGAGUAA